AUGUUGUCCAAGUCUUGGCUACACGCUUGGUCUACCUUCCCUGACCUCAGGUUCAAAGUUGGAAGAAAAAAGAGCAUGAAGUUGGUGGACAUGGAGCGCACUCUGAUAAGGUAUCUCCAUGACAACACACCAUUCGAAAGGUUUUACCUUAACAUCGACAUUGAGAACCAGGAUUCAGCUUCUCAUGUUGAAAAAUUGAUCGCGCCUAUUGCAACCAAAACUUGUCUCAAAGAGAUUUCCCUCUUACUCUUCCUUUGGGGUGCCUCAUUUACAUUACCAGAUGAGAUAUUCGCAAGUGAGAAUCUAACUACAAUAAGAGUUUCAGCACCGAGGAUCCAUCCCAAUUCCGUUUGGAUGACAAUGACGAAUCCUGUGAUCAAAUGCGUGUCAUCCCUACGCGAAUUGCACUUGGAAGGCGUGACCAUAAGUGAAGAGGCACUUCAUCACAUAUUGUCAUCUUGUUGCUUGCUUGAGACGAUAGAGCUUUUACAUUCAUGUGAGGGGUUCAAAACCAUCAAGAUUAAAAACCUUCCUCGUCUUUAUGAAUUAAACAUAUCUUUCUGUAGUCUAUAUGAAAACUCUACUACUUUGGAAAUCAGUGAUGUCCCAAAACUUGGUGUAUUUAGCUACUAUCGACAAUAUGUUUUUCAAUCGCAUAUUCCUCUUGUAAUUGACCCAUUCAACUCCCAUUCAAUAUCAGUGCGUAGGGUUAGACAAUUAAAGUUAGUUGAUGUGAUAAUUGACAACACGUGUCUGGACAUGAUCAAAUCUGGAUUUCCUUUUCUUGUGAGUUUGACAUUUGGGUUGACAUAUUGGAAGUUGACGACCUUUCAUUUCUCAUCUUCUUCCAUCAAGAGAUUGUUCUUGUAUUCGUUCCCAGACACCCUUAUCGACAUACAAGUACAUGCUCCAAAAUUAUUAAUUUUCGACUUCAGUUGCAACACAUUGCCUAGUCUCUUGUUUCCCAUCUCGUCUCUCAAACAACUCAGUGUUUCACUCAGACUUAAACAUCCUGUUGAUGUAUCUUUUUUUCUUAAUAUGAGGGAAGCACUUAGAUUAUCACGCAAGUGUGACCUUCAUAUACACUUAAGUCAGCCACUUGUUGACAUGGACAUCGAUAUCGAUGAUCUAAGAACAAGGCUCCUGCUUCCUCCUGCAACGAACGUGCAAGAACUAAGGUUUCAAACGACUGAGGAUGAAUGCAUGUGGGAACGAUCCCCGUUUUUUGAUGCAUUCUUUGAGAUUUGCCAUCCCAAGCGCGUAUACGCAAAGCCAGAUGUUCGUUUCAAACACAACAAUCACUUUUGCAGACUCAUGCUGAGAGAGGUCUUGGAAAAGAAGACCAUCACAACCACCACCACUACUGGAAUUGUGUAUUGGCCUCGUUCCCUAAAACAUGUUCAAUUAAGACAGGCUCUUGAUAAAAAAUGGGAAACGCUAACAAAUUCCCAUAGAAGCUUUCUAGACGGGUCCACUCCUGAUGUCUACAUGUACUUCAAUCUUAACUGGUGCUAA